AUGGGAUUGGCCUUAAUCCCAAACAUUGAGAGUGUUAAAGAAGCAAGAGACAAUAUUCAUCAAACAGUGGAAGAACUCAAAGCUGUUUGGUCUCGUCUUCCAUCUAUUGUCACAACUAAAGCUAAGGUUGUCGGUGAUGGAGCAAUAUUGCGACCUAUUUCCAGUGGUAAGUAUAUAAUGGAUAAAAGUUGGAUACUUAUUGGAAAUAGAGUGUUACCGCAAUAUUUAAAUGGUGUGGAGCAAUUUUUGAAUUUUGCAUUUUCUAAUCUUGAGGUUGGUGUAAGAAUUCAAUGUCCGUGCGUAAAAUGCAAUAAUGUUCUUUGGAAAACGCGCGAUGAAGUGAGAAUAGAUUUAUGUAGGUUGGAAAUGAAUCAAACUUAUAAAAAGUGGAUUCAUCAUGGUGAACUAGAUCUAUCUUCAGAUGAUGAAACAAAUAUUAGUGAAGAUUCAAAUUUAGAAAAUGAUGAUGCUCCAAUUUAUGAAAUGUUGCAUGAUAUAUAUCCUGGUGUUCCCAAUACUAGUUAUGACUUUAAUGAGACAACUGAGUCACCACACAAAGAGCCUAAUAAAGAAGCUAAGAGAUUCUAUAAGUUAAUGAAGAAUGUAGAAAAUCGAGUGUAUCCAAGUUGUGAGAAGUACUCCAAACUCUCUUUUAUAGUGCAUCUUUUUCAAAAGAAGUGUAUGCAUGGAUGGAAUAAUACUUCAUUUGACUCUUUGUUGAAAUUACUUAGUGAUGCUUUACCUAAAGAAAAUGUGCUCCCAGAUUCUAUUUAUGAAGUUAAAAAGAAAAUAAAAGAUUUGGGUUUAGAUUAUGUGAACAUAGAUGAAUGCAUUAAUAAUUGUAUCUUAUAUAGAAAGGAAUAUGCGGAUCUUGAACAAUGUCCUAAAUGUGAUGAAAAAAGAUGGACAAUGAGAAAAGGAAAAGAUGCCAAUAGUGAGGUUGCUUCAGGCAAUUUGAAUAACAAAAAGAAAGGAAUUUCUAGAAAGAUUCUUAGAUACUUUCCUAUUAUACCUAGAUUACAACGAUUGUUUAUGACAAAAGGAACCGCAAAAAAAAUGAGGUGGCAUAAGGAUGAACGAGUUGACGAUGGAGUGUUACAACAUCCUGCUGACUCAUUGGCAUGGAAAAGUUUUGAUGAAAAAUAUCCAAAUUUUGCUUCAGAUCCUCGUAGUGUAAGACUUGGACUUGCUUUAGAUGGUUUUAAUCCUUUUGGUUCAAUGAGUAGUUCAUAUAGCAUGUGGCCAGUUAUCUUGAUUCCAUAUAAUCUUCCCCCAUGGCUAUGCAUGAAACAAUCUAAUCUUUUGUUGUCUUUACUUAUUCUUGGACCAAAAGGUCCUGGUAUGGAUAUUGAUGUGUAUCUCCCCUUUGAUUGA